AGCCGUCUACUCUAAUCCCUCACACGCGAGUACUUUUCCAGAAGUCUCUGUCUUGAGGCAAUGUAGAGAACCACAGUUGAUCCUUAUUAAACCAAGGGUUGCAACCGACCUCAUACUUUUCCGGAAAUCUCUAUCAAAAUCGAAAUCCAGUCUCAUAAUCCAUCGACAUCAGCGAUAAAAAAUACAAAAUAGUGGUUCAUCCUUUUCGGGCAGCCUCUAUCCAAAUCGAGCUUCAUAUUCCACCGACCUCGGCGGGGGAAUUGAAAUCAAGAACAGUAAGAAUUGGGUAAACCUCUAUGGAGAUGGCAGCUGAGAAUGCCAAGAGAGGGAUAAAGAGGUUCUUGGAACAAUCCACAAGUGACCGAGUUGAUCAAGGAGAAUCUAAAUUUAGUUGUGUCAAAUCAAAUAGAUUGAAAAUAAUGUUUCAUCCAGAAAUUGUUGGAGGAUCUAAUGAAUGUUAGAAUGAAAUGCAAUCAGGAGAUGAUGAUCAAAAUGUCACUCAAGAUUCAUUGGUGGAAUUAAAUGAAAAUAAUUCUUUCCAACACCUCCCAACUGAUGUCACAAAUAUGGCAGCUAAGAAUACCAAGAGAGGAAGAAAAAAGUUCUUAAAACAAUCUACUGGUGAGAAAGUUGAUGAAGGAAAAACUGAAUCCAGUCAUGUUAGAUCAAAGAGAUUGAAAAGAAUGUUUUGUCCAAGCAUUACUGAAGGAUCUAAUGAAUGUGAGAAUGAAAGUCAACUUAUAGAUGGUGAUAAAUACAGUACUCCAGAUGGACAUAGCAAUAACUUACAAGGAUAUGGAGACCGAAGGGGUUGAACACUGAAAAAUAUGAUGGGGUUCAUUGAUUUUCUUAAAGCUGCAGUCCAUGAAAUCUCUCUCUACUUGCUCAAUUGUAAUAUGAUGUACAUCAUAUUUUUAUGUAUACAAGCUAUGCUCUCAGUUUUAGGUCCAAGCAAGUAAUUGUUCCAUUAUGUAGUGGUUGAUUUUA